AUGCAUCGCACCUAUUCCAUGCGCCAGUCGCGCAUCCCGACCGCCUCGCAGAUUGAGAGCCCACUACCACCAGUGUCCACAACCAAGACCGGGAGAUGGCUAGGGAAAGGCGGAAUCGGUCAUGCUUUCCGUAAGAACGCCGCCGGUGCCUUCGGACCCGAGCUCGCCAAGAAGCUGUCGCAGCUCGUCAAGAUGGAAAAGAACGCCAUGCGCAGCAUGGAGCUCGUCGCCCGGGAGCGCAUGGAAGUCGCUCAACAACUCUCCAUUUGGGGUGAAGCAUGCGAUGAGGAUGUGUCGGAUGUGACGGACAAGCUCGGCGUGCUGAUCUACGAGAUCGGUGAGCUAGAGGAUAUGUUCGUUGACCGCUACGACCAGUACCGUGUCACCAUUAAGAGCAUCCGCAACAUCGAAGCUUCCGUACAGCCCAGCCGAGACCGCAAGCAGAAGAUCACUGAUGAGAUCGCCAAGCUGAAGUACAAGGACCCCAACUCGCCUCGCAUCGUCGUCCUGGAGCAGGAGCUUGUCCGCGCCGAAGCCGAGUCCCUAGUCGCCGAGGCCCAGCUGUCCAACAUCACCCGCGAGAAGGUCAAGGCCGCGUUCCAGUACCAGUUUGAUGCGCUCCGCGAGCACUGCGAGAAGGUCGCCAUCGUCGCUGGCUACGGCAAGCACCUCCUCGACCUGAUCGACGACACCCCCGUCACUCCUGGCGAGACCCGCAACGCCUACGACGGCUACGACGCCUCCAAGGCCAUCAUCCAGGACUGCGAGGAUGCCCUCACUAACUGGGUCUCCUCCAAGGCCGUGGUCAAGUCUAGUCUCUCGCAGCGCUCCCGCACCCUCUCCCAGCGCCACCGCUCCAACCUCAGCAAGAACCGCGAGGGCGUCGAUUUGUCUGCACAGGACCAGCCCUUGGCCGGGGAUCGCGACUCUUGGCUUCCAGCUGACCAGCACCCCACCUACGAAGACGCCGAUGAUGGUGUGAGCACCAUUGAGGGCGAGGAGCGCGGCCGCGAAGAGGACCGCGAGUCCAUUGCCGCAUAA